ACAUUAAUCACGUGACGAUCAAGAGUUCAGUCUGAUCUACUCUGUUUACUGAAGGGCUCUGCCUGUCUGGAUCAACUGCACAAACACUUCAGCAUGAUAUCUGGGACUGUGUUUGUGUUCGCACUGCUGUGUGGAGCAGAGGCUGGCAGGGUUUUGGUGUUGCCGGGCGAGUUCAGCCACUGGCACAACAUGCGUUUGGUUUUAGACGCGCUGGUCGAUAAGAACCACAGUGUGACGGUUCUGGUCAGCUCUUCAUCGCCUACUGUAGAUUACACACGGAAGGAGCGGUUCAACUUCAAAGUGUUUAAAGUCAAUGUGGAAAAGGAAGAGGCCAGUGCUGUACUGCAUGAGGCGAUUCAUCCCUGGACGGAUGACCCGGGCACCACAUACGAGAGAGUGCUCAAAUUCUGGCGACUAAUGUCCAAGUUCGUGGAGUUCUUUAAUGAAUUUUACAAGGGCCUGUUUCACAAUGAGGAUCUUUUACACACGCUUCAGGAAUCUCAUUAUGAUGUGCUUUUUUCUGAUCCGAUGAUGCCAUUCUCUGACCUGAUGGCAGAGAAGCUGAAGAUCCCGCACGUCGUCUCACUGCGCGCAAUAUUUGCGUAUCUUUUAGAGCGGAAUUGUGGUCAGAUUCCCACUCCACCGUCCUAUGUUCCUGCGAUGGCUGUGCAGGGUCACCUCACUGACCACAUGAGCUUCAUAGAGAGAGUUGAAAACACGCUCCUCUACACCAUUUUUUCGACUGCAUUUCAACUGAUGCCAUGGUUUAUGGAUCCGCUUUACACUGAAGUAUUGGGAAAACCUUCAUCAAUGUGUGAGACCAUAGGAAAAAUUGACAUCUGGUUGAUUAGAACUUACUGGGAUUUUGAGUAUCCACGCCCACUCCUGCCUAACUUUAAAUUUGUUGGAGGACUACACUGCAAACCUGCCAAACCUCUGUCAAAGGAACUGGAGAAGUUUGUUCAGAGCUCAGGAGAUCAUGGCAUUGUUGUUUUCUCAUUGGGUUCCAUGAUCAACAACCUGACGAUGGAAAAAGCAAACACUAUUGCUUCUGCUCUUGGUCAGAUCCCACAAAAGGUUGUUUGGCGUUACAGUGGAAAAACACCAGAAACCCUCGCCCCCAAUACUAAACUCUACGACUGGAUCCCACAGAAUGAUUUGCUCGGACAUCCAAAAGCAAAAGCCUUCAUUACCCAUGGCGGGACAAAUGGACUGUAUGAGGCUAUUUAUCAUGGUGUCCCAAUGGUGGGUUUGCCACUGUUUGGUGAUCAGUCUGAUAACAUGAUGCACAUGAAAACCAAAGGAGCUGCUGUUGUUCUUGAUAUCAACACAAUGGAGUCCAAAGACCUGGCGGACGCUCUCAAGACUGUCAUAAAUAAUCCCUCGUACAAAGAAAGCAUCAUGAGACUGUCCAGAAUCCACCAUGAUCAGCCAAUGAAGCCUCUGGACCAGGCAGUUUUCUGGAUUGAGUUUGUGAUGCGGAAUAAAGGAGCUAAACAUCUACGAGUUCAGGCGCAUGACCUGAGCUGGUAUCAGUACCACUGCCUGGACGUAGUGGCCUUCUUACUCUCAGUUGCUGCUCUGAUCACAUUCCUCUUUAUUAAAACAUGCAGUUUCUUUUUCCGUAAAUGUUUCAGAAAGACUCGUCCUGAUGGCAAAGCACAAAAGAAUAAAAAAGAGUGAAUGUAUAGUUGUA